CCCAAGAAUAAGUACUUUUUAUCCAUGUGAGCUCUCCUACAAAUGUAUAAGUUUGGUGCUCGUGAAAAUGGCGAUCACAGCACUGGGAGUGAGUGAGUUAGUGUGGUGUCCAUUGGGGUCAAGAGUUAAAAACAUUCUUGUGUGACUGACGUUGAUAAUGUUACUGGCACAGCAAAGCCUGUCCUUUUCAUACUUCUCAGUUCACAUAGAGCUGUAAAUGGUAAUUGUACUGGACUGCGUGGGAACAAGUCAAAUUUUUGGGCUGCUCUGCAUUGAGAAAAAUACCACUCAACUAACUCCUACAAAUUCAAUGAAGGGACAAACGUGCACUUGUAACAAAGGCGAAGGUGAUAAGAGUCGUGUGGUGUCCUGCAUGUUGAGUUUCAGAAAUGGCGUUAGCAUUAGCGUCUACCGACAAGGUAGUGCUAGGUUCGAUUUCGUUUGUAAUUUUCUGGGCCUUGGCAGUUUUCCCUUCACUUCCAUUACUGCCUAUAGGCAGAACAGCAGGAUCCCUCCUGGGAGCCAUACUUAUGAUCAUCUUUAAGGUCAUAACUCCAGACCAAGCAUAUGAUGCCAUUGAUCUAUCAGUCCUUGGACUUCUUUUUGGAACCAUGGUUGUUGGUAUCUAUCUUGAGAAAGCUGACAUGUUUAAGUACAUCGGUCACUUGCUUUCAUGGAAGUCUCGAGGCCCAAAGGAUGUGCUUUGCAGAAUCUGCAUAAUUUCUGCUCUGUCAAGUGCAUUGUUUACUAAUGACACCAGUUGCAUUGUCCUCACAGAGUUUGUUUUGAGAACCGCAAAGCAAAGUAAUGUUCCACCCCAUCCUUUCUUGCUGGCCUUGGCCUCGAGUGCAAACAUUGGCUCGGCUGCAACUCCUAUUGGCAAUCCACAGAACUUGGUCAUUGCCAUACAAAGCAAGAUUUCUUUCGGACAAUUUCUAUUGGGACUCCUUCCUGCCAUGCUAGUUGGUGUCACUGUCAAUAUGUCAAUUCUCUUAUGCAUGUAUUGGAGGGUCUUGUCUCCUAAAAAAGACGAGGACAUCGCUUUGGAAGAAGGAACUCUUGAGAAAGCUCAAAGUUCUCCUCUACAUGACAUAACUCCAAAUUACACCGAAGGCAGUCCUGUUUCGAAAGCUGAGAAGGAGGAAAAUUCCCCAAGUUUAAGUGGUGGACAAGGUGAUAUAGAAGAAGGUGGUAAUAUCUGCUCAACUUCAACUGCUUCAAGCAGUGAGCUUGAGUCUGCAAGCAACCUUGUUGGUUCAAGCUCAACCGAACAAAUUGCAGGCGGCGACACAGGAGCUUCCCGAUCAUUGGAGGGAAAGAAUGGAACAGAUGAGUUUACAAAUGAGACAAAAGAAGUUAGUGUUCCAGUGUCUACUAAAGAAAAGAGAGGACUAAGCAAGGAAUGGAGAAGAUUUGCAUGGAAGACGUGUGUUUACCUUGUCACUAGUGGUAUGCUGAUUGCACUACUGAUGGGUUUGAACAUGUCUUGGACUGUGAUUACAGCAUCUCUUCUCCUUGUUGUCAUUGAUUUCAAAGAUGCUGGGCCUUGCCUUGACAAGGUCUCCUACUCUCUCUUGCUACUCUUUUGUGGAAUGUUCAUCACUGUUGAAGGAUUUAACAAAACUGGAAUACCUACAACUCUCUGGAACAUGAUAAAGCCUUAUGCUGGGAUUAAUCAUGUUUCAGGCAUGGUGGUACUUUCCCUUGCCAUACUUGCCCUCUCAAAUCUUGCUUCGAAUGUCCCAACUGUUCUUCUACUUGGAGGAAGAGUAGCAGCCAUGGCAGCAGCCAUAUCUCCACAUGAAGUGAAAAAAUCAUGGCUCAUCUUAGGAUGGGUGAGCACAGUUGCUGGAAACUUGUCGCUACCUGGUUCGGCAGCAAAUCUAAUCGUGUGUGAGCAAGCUCGUCGAGCUCCAUCUUUCAAGUACACACUCUCUUUCUGGACUCAUCUCAAGUUUGGUCUUCCAUCCACAAUCAUUGUCACAGCUAUUGGCCUCACACUCAUAAGGGGUUGAUAGAGCUAAGAUUUGAACUUGAGCUUUAUUAAAAGGAUUUUACUCCAAGAACCAAUGACACUUAUACCAUACCAUGUCCUUUGUAAGUGUAUUUGUAUGUAGAAAUGUGUGAACUAAGAAAGAAUAGUUGGCUGAUAUACCACUGGGAAAGAUGUUUAAUUUUUUUCUAGUUAUCUUUGUAACUGUAAUUGUUCAAUAAUAAAAUAGAUCAGUCUUAAUCAAAUAUUGUGAUUUUCUUUUU